ACAGGUAUCUAAUUUUCACAGGGAUUCGCACACGGAUGCGAGAGUGCUCGCGCAGCUUCCAAGGCCCUCUCUAGGUGUUGACCGCAGAUUUAGAAAGAGAGGGCUCAGAAUUCAGUGUUCACGUAUCUUCUAAUAAAAUAAGGUAAAAAAAAAUCUAGAGAAUUUACUUGUACGACAUUUUUCGUCAUAGCGCAUAUCAAACUAGGAACGAGGCGCACUUUGUCGAGCGAGAAACGGCAUAUUCAGUGACUUUCGUCUAGUUCUUUCGGUCGAUAAGACAAUGGUCCAUCUGACGGUUUGGCUGCCGCCCGGAUUCAGCGAAAAGACAAGCGACAUAGAGGUCGACCCAAGCACAUCCGUAUCAAGCGUAAUUCAGGAAGUUUCAAAAAAGUUGGACUGUUUGUCAUGGCUGGAAUGCGACCUGUUUUUUGCAGAUUCUCCCUCUCGAAAAUGGAUGGAUUGCGAUAAGGCACUCUCUGACUAUAGCAUUGGUGAGCAGCGGGACAAGGAUGUUGUAGUCGAGCUCAAGAGUCGGUACCAGAGGAUUUAUGUUUGGCAUGUGUACAACGCAGGAAAUAAGGUGGUGGGGGGGUAUGUUUUGAUGAAUGUGAGGCGCCCUUUGAGCGCUUUUCUCCGAUACAUAAGGAAGGCGUUCAGUUUGAAGUAUGAAAUAGCGAAGUACCAAUUGAUCAACAGAGCGACGAUGUCUUUGCUACCUGAGGACAAAUCUCUUGCAGAUUUGGACAUACCUUUACCGUUCGAAGUAUUGGUAGCUCAAGAGGGUACACCGAUGUCGAAGGAGUCGAUUGAUGCCUUACAGAGCGUCGAGGAUGUGUUUAACUCGUGGUCUAAGUUGUCGAAGAGCGCGUACUUGGACAAAAAGAAGCGCUGGUUGGUGUACGAGAGGGGCAAGUUGUUGAGUUACAAGAAUUCCGAAGAGGAGGAGCAAGGAAAGCCGCUGGAAUGCAUUGACUUGACGGAAUUUUGCCUUUCCUCGGACAGAAAGAAAUGCCUGAUUGAGUUGACGGGCACUGAGUCGCCCAAAGAGACGCAUUCUUUGAAGUUCAACACAGAAGAAGAUACAGAUGUGUGGGUGUCUUGUUUGAAAAGAGUUUGUCAAGACGAGGAGUCGAUUCCACGUGGGGCGAGUAAGUGCGAGGUAUCUCCGCUUUAUUUCGGAGCGCCGAUUGAGAAGGUAAAGCCGCCCGAGCAGGACGUUCCGUAUUUGGUAAGAAGGUGUAUUGAAUGGCUGAGAGAACAUGCGUUGGACGUGGAGGGGAUUUUCCGGUUGUCCGGGUCUCAAAAUGAGAUCAACGCGAUCAAAGCGCGAUACAACGAGGGCGAGAUGGUGGACGUGGAGGAGAUAAGCGACGUGCACACGGUGGCGGGGCUGCUGAAAUGCUAUUUUCGAGAUUUGCCAGAGCCUUUGUUGAAGUACGAGCAUUAUGAAGCCUUUUUACAAGCGCAGGAAGAAAAGGAUCCAAACAAGCGCAUGCACGUGCUGAGGGAGCUGAUAAAGCAAUUGCCUACGGUGAACCAAAAAACGUUGAAGUAUUUGAUUGAAUUUUUAUCUUGCGUAGAAAAGCACUCAAAACAAAACAAAAUGGCACUACACAAUUUGGCUACAGUGUUUGCGCCCAACUUGAUUCAUGUGCGCGAGAAGGACGAUGUGAUACGGACGGUGCAAGACACUCCGUUGGUGAACGGUCUGGUGUCGACGCUGAUUCGAGACUAUGAAUGGAUUUUUUCAGAGAGAGAAGAGAUGGUGACAUCUGCGGCCAAGGCCACGCAGAGUUAUACGGCGCAGAAUCCGAACCAGCUUUCUUUCGAAGUGGAUGACAUUUUGAACGUGUACAAUCCCCGAGUCGGGGAGGAUGCUUGGUGGUAUGGAGAGUUGAAUGGAGAAUUUGGUUUGUUUCCUUCGGAUCACGUACAACUUUUGACUAAUCGUAAGCAGCAAUUUUUGGCAGAGAUGCAGCAAGUGCAAGAGAGGGUUACUGACAACGCUAAGCAGAUUGAGUGUUUAGAAGCUCGAAAGGCCCAACUCGUGUCUGAGAUAAAGACACUGCGAGCGCUAGAUAAGAUAACUCGUCGAGAGACAAAGAAGGUGAAUUCCGUCAUUUCUUCGAUGCUCAAUGACGAGACGAACAGUGUGUACGGCAUUCAGUUUCAAAUAGACCAACUACUGGCGCACUUCAGCAGUUAUGGAAAAAAGAAGAAGAGCGUGCAAGAGAUGAAGCUUGAAAUGGUCGAGGAGGUGACUUGCGUGAAGAAGCUGUUGAUGUCGGACACCAAGUACCGGAAGGUCAAGGACAAAGGUAUCAACAUUAUUGAUACGCUUUUGGACAAGCUUGAUCAGGAGCAACAACUUCGAGUGAAGGUGAAUCUAGAAAAUAAGUUAUUGAACCGUAGUCUGAAGAGGAUCAAGUUGUAUUUCUCUUGUUUGGACGAUGCAUAGGUUUUUUUUCGGUUUCGGUACGGAGAAAUGUUGGGUUGCAAAAAUAAUAAAGUGAACGACACUGGUGUUUUGAGACUAGGAAGAAAAAAAGGCUGGCGUGGACGUGAUUUGAACGCACAUAGUCCCCGUAGUCACGGAAAAAUGUCGUGGAGCAAAAAAACAAUAAAAUAACACGCUGUUUAAACAAAAAAAAAA